AUGCUGCAUCGACUAACGGUUACAACCACAUUGCUGAUGUGCUUGGCGGUUUUUGUUGCUAAUGCCAAGGUCAUUGCUAAACCCAACAGUUUACCGCUAAUCUCGCCUCCUAAGAGUGAAUAUAACGCACCAAGGCAGCUGAUUUUGGGAUCUGGCAAGGAGACCACAGCCCCCGACUUUAUCCGAUUGGUGGUGAUGCGUUUAAUCUAUGGCCUGGCCACGACCAUGGGUGUGGAAGAACGUUUGGAGGGUUUGUUUAAUGGUGCCUUUGUGCCUCCAAAUGCAGACAGUGAUUUCUUCGGUUUUGGAGGUUUGGGCGGCGGCGGUGGUGACGAGGGUGGCCUCGGUGGUUUAUUUAACCUCGUCGAUCUGGAAGGCAUCGUGGAAGGCGACAAUUUAUUCGAUGACGGUGGCCUGUAA